GAUGCUUGAGUGCGUCAUGACGUACAUGACGUUUUGCUGUGCUGAUCGGUGCGCAGAAGUGGCUGGUGAGAGUGUUGAUAUUUAUUGGUGAUUGGAUUCUUCUUUAACUACAUCUGUCCGGUAUUAAGAUGUCUGAUCAGGAGGCAAAGCCUUCCAGCCAAUCGGGAGAGAAAAAGGAUGGGGAAUACAUUAAGUUAAAAGUUAUAGGCCAGGACAACAGUGAGAUUCAUUUCAAAGUGAAAAUGACCACACAGCUAAGAAAGCUGAAGGAGUCCUACUGUCAGCGACAGGGUGUUCCACCAAAUUCACUUCGAUUUUUGUUUGAGGGUCAGCGGAUCACAGAUCACCAAACACCUAAAGAGCUUGGCAUGGAGGAUGAAGAUGUGGUUGAAGUUUAUCAGGAACAGACAGGAGGAUGGUUGAGAGUCUAACCGCUGAUCCCUGCAUCAGGAUCCCGAUCAUCUGUAUAAUUUCUUUAUUGUUUCUUGUCGGCUGUAAUCACUGAUUUUAUAUAUAAAAAAAAGAAAAAAAAUGAAACAACUUUCUUUCAUAUGGUUUGUACGACAGGUUGAUGCCCAGCUGGAAGUUCUUAUUUUCAGUAUGUACUAUAAUACAACCAAUUCCGUAUAUUUAGCAUAAAUGGCAACAAAAUGCCCACUGAGAUUUGUUUUUAAAUAGAAGCUUGUGACUUAAGUACCUUGGCUUUAUAAAUUCAUAUUUUUCAUUACAUAAGACCAUUUGGAAGUUCUUUUUUCAAAUUCUAGGAAAAAUGGAUUUAAGAAAGUUUUAUAUGAAAGAAGCCUUCACAAAACAAUGUUCUAAAACAUACAUUCCCAAAUAUCGUACUGAAAUUGCAAGUUGAAAGUAGCAAAUUACCUUGUAAUAAUUUGACUCCUUUAUUAUUUGGCCAGACAGAAUGUUAAUGUUUCCCGUUCAGAAACUUUUGGGGAUUUUUUUAGAAAAAGACAGACAUUGCAUCAUGCAUAAGGUGGUUGUGAACUUGCAGGCCGUUUUUAAAAUUGUAAUACAGCAGCAGUUACCAUGCCACAAUAUUCCCUUUGUAUUACAAGAAAACACCCUUAUGAGAAACAAAGUGACUGACUGACUGACUGUGCAAGGAUCAUUAUUCAUCCUGCUGUCCCUGAUUUAACCCUUUCAACCACUUAAACCUAUUUGUGUUUUGGAGUAAAAUGCUUCCAGGACAUUGAAAACUUGGCACGGGUAUCUCCUUUUGUGAAAGUAACACAGUUAGUUUGUGUAAUAGAUACAAAAAAAAUUGUGCAGUUCAACAAAUAUUUCAAGAUAAACUCUAUGGCAGACAGAUGGCAUUGCCACACUAAGCAUUUCAGUGAAAGCAGCCAGUGAAGGGGUUACGUAGAGAUUACUCAUAGAAGACACUGGCAGGAAACAAUUCAGAUUUGUUUGGUCUUGUUCAUUGUAGAUAUCUAGUUUAAUUUCAGGAGAGGGUUUCUUUUAAGUGAAUACCUCAUAAUUUACUCACAAUCAUUCACUGCUUUUUCAUUUGCCAUAGUAUAACUGUCAUAGCAGUUGCAACUUUAUUCAAUUUUUGUUGUUUUUUUUUGUAUUUCUAUGUACUUCAUAUGCAUUAGGAGUUUAAGGCCACAAAUUCCACACUGUUCAUCUGUCGGAAAGAACCAGUGUUGAGAAUUUUUGAGAGAACAGAUAUAAAUAGCUGUAAAUGGAUUUUAGAAAUCUGCGCUUGAUUAAAAUAUGGGAAACAUUUUUGACUACUCCUUCAUGGGUGUGAUUCGGUCAGGCUGAAUUUAUUGGAUGUGGUGCAGAAAGGUGGAAGAAGCUGUUUUCUGAUUAUCAGUAUGCAGACUAUGCCAAUGCAGUUCUUUGCCGUUGCACCAUGCCACCACAAGAAUUGUAACUAUUUGUUUAAACAAGCAAAGUGUCUUGUUUAACCCAAGUAUCAACAGAUAAGAUGUUGUAGGAGCAAUUUUAAUUAAAAAUAAUUGUUGAAAAAUCCUUUGUGAUUUGGUCUAAAGCGCUAAGCCACCCAGCUUUGAAUUUGUUUCCUUUUGCCCAUGGAUUCCCCGAAAUUUCUUAAUUUGUUCUUAAGAAGAUAUGAAUGAGGGUUGUUCAACUUUGUACAUAAUCUUAUGUUAAGAUGCUGAAUAAAAACAUGUUGAGAAAAUAGUGACCAGAACACUUAUUCAGAACAAGGUAGUUUUGUUUCUGUUUAAUAACACCUUCACAAUGAAACUGUCAAGUUGUUAUCAGUAAUAACUAGUAGUGAGUUCAAGCACUUUCCUUUCAGACCUAGGGCCCAAGUUCAAAUAUGAUCCAGAUAUGAUCAAAAUCUUUGUCUAUUAGCUGACAGGGUUCUAAUUGAAAUGAGUUUAGCAUAGUCUCAACUUAGUUUGCUAAUUAAUAUUGCAUCCACAGCACAAUAUUUCCUAUAAUAUGGAAAUAUACUGAUCAAAAUCAUAAAAGUAGCUGAUAUACAUCCUCAUUUCUUCAUACAAAUCCCUAUCUCUGUAACUACGUAUAACCAAACAACCCUCCCAGAUCUUUGUACUCUUCCAAUUCUGGUCCCUUUGCAUCCCUGAUUUUAAUUGUUCAAUCAUUGGCAGCUGCCUAGGCUCUAAGCUUUUGAAUUCCUUACAUAAACCUCUGCCUCACUACCUCUUUCUCUUCUUUUAAGACACUUUUUCAAACCUACCUCUUUAACCCAACUUUUGGUCACUUGACCUAAUAUUUUUUUGUGUGGCUCGAUGUCAAAAUUUUUUUCUUUGGCAAUGUUCCUGUCAAGCGCCUUGGGAUGUUUUACCACAUUAAAGGCACUAUAUAAAUGCAGCUUGUAUGGGAAAUGGAAGAUUCACACUAAUUUUAUAGGAAUUGGUCUUCUGAAUUGGCAGGACAUAGCACAUUACUGGUCAGAGUUGCAAGGAAGUGAAGCCUGCACCUACCCAAUGUUGUAACUGAUCCAGGAAUGCUCAAAACUAAGACUUGGUGCUAAAAGUGUAAAAACAUUAUAUUCUUUGGAAAAUUUUCCCACUCUCCAAAAAUUGACAUGUUUGAAGUAUGUAAAGAUUAAUUGUACAAUAAAUGCUAUGGAUGGUC